AUGUCAGGACGGGAGUCCGAAAUGUCUGUUAAUGAACAUAGACGGAGCGGAGAUUCCAGUUGUCACUAUAUGGGAUGCUCUCGCCCUCUUUUAUACAAUCAACAUCGGCAAACCUCCGAAGUCUCUGACUUCUUUCGAUCAGCAGAAGAAAUGGCUGUUUCGACAUUUAGACCAGUUGGCGAAGUGGAUAUUAAUUCUAGAGCCAAUACCCGUGUCCCCGCUACCCAAGGACCUACCAUGGCCGACAGUAUUAAAUGUGGCAUGGAGAUCAAAGCGCCAGAAGCGCCAGAAAAUCAUAAUGAUCUCGUUUGGAGCGUCACUAAUAGGAAACAGGAGUGCCAGAAAACAAAUAAUAAAUUUACGACAGCAAGUCGAUUUACAGAACCAUCAACUCUUUCCUCGGGAUGCGAAUGGGGAAUUGGAAGUGAAUCCAGAGCCAUGGCAGUUCGGAAAUUGUGCCGAAACGAAUACAUUGUUCCAUCUAGCAUCACAGAGAUGCGAGCUACCAAUCAGAACUCAUGCAAUAGAAACAAUGACACGAGAAACGAAACCACCUUGCUUGAAUUGCCAAAAGAUCAUGGAGAACAGCACACCCAAGAUCUGCCCUUGCUUCUUAAGUUAUUGAAGGAUAAACUACCAUAUCGCGAUGAGACAAACAAAAAUGUCUUGAAUGACUUUGAGAUCCGAAUCUUUGACGAAAUUUAUGGCAUUACUGAUUUCUGCCUUGUGUUUGCAUGCGAAGAUUCAGUCUUUUGGCUAAAAGAUUAUGAUGAGGCUAUUUAUUUUUGGUCUCGCAUAGACGAUAGCAUGAUACGCGGAGGAAGUAAUCUGAAAGAAGCUUUGACAAAUUAUCUUUUUCGUCAAGAAAAUCUUUGUUAUGUCGAUGAGAUUACUCGCGAAUUGGUACCAAUAAAUGCAUAUGAUAAAGAAGUUGAAGAAUGGGCAAAAUCACCCGAGAUUUAUGAAUAUUUUGAUGCAACUAAA